AUGGUCAAGGAUGCCGGUCUUGCAUGUAAAUUCGUCAUUUCUCGUCAUCCUAUUGGUGCACCGGUGACAGAACGCGCUGUUCCGAUAGCUAUUUUUCAAGCUGACGAGAAGGUCAUGUGCCGCUAUUUGAAACAGUGGACGAAGCAGCCCGGCCUACCUGUGGAAAAAAUGAAUAUAAGGGAGCUCCUGGACUGGGAUUACUACAUUGAGCGACUUGGAAGUUGUAUACAGAAAAUCAUUACAAUUCCUGCAGCACUACAAGGAUUACCCAAUCCCGUUGCCAGAAUCCCACAUCCUGAUUGGCUUGCUAAUAAGAUCAAGAAUAGGUUUGAUUCCAUCCGCCAACCAAGAAUCACAGAUCUUUUCCACAAGAAGUUACCGGAUGACUCACCACCGGUAAUUAAUGACAACGGAAAGCGUAGUCGGGAUGAGAUGGAGCAGGUGGAGGCAAUCGACAGAGAUGAAGGAAACAAAGAGAAUGAUCCGAAAAAACAGCGACCAGUUCCAGAAGUGAGCGGCGCCUUAUGUUUUCGUUUUGAAAGCUCGACUGCGAGCAAAGCAACAUAA